ACCCAGGGCAGACACAGGCAGGAGUCAGCCAUGGGAAAAGUAAAGUAAAUAAAAAAGGCUACAAAUCUUUACGGGCUCUGGCGCUGGCGCUGUGUGGAGAUUGGGAUUUGACGAUUGCACAGAGAGAGAGAGAGAGAGAGAGAGAGAGAGAGAGAGAGAGAGAGAGAGAGAUGUUUCCGAGACUGAUGCAGGCUCCCCACGAAGGAAUUGCUGGUCAGGAAGAUAUGCAAGGUCACAGAGGAGACCCUUGCCUCGUUUUAACUUCCGAUCCCAAACCCCGUCUUCGCUGGACUGCUGACCUUCAUGAACGAUUUGUCGAUGCCGUCACUCAGCUUGGCGGUUCAUCUAGUCUGUUGCUUUUUUCCUUCAUUCUCCUUUUUCAAUAUCCCCUUUGCCUAAAUCUAUUUGUUUUGUAUUUGAUAGAAGCUACGCCAAAGGCUAUUAUGCGGACAAUGAAUGUGAAGGGGCUGACCCUUUUUCAUUUGAAGAGUCAUCUGCAGAAAUACAGACUAGGUAAGCAAUCAGGGAAGGAAAUGGGCGAUGUAUCCAAGGAUGCUUCAUACCUUCUAGAAAGCCCUGGUACUGGCAAUUCUUCGCCAAAUUUGCCAACUUCUGAUUUAAAUGAGGGUUAUGAAGUCAAAGAGGCAUUAAGAGCACAGAUGGAAGUGCAAAGUAAAUUACAUGUGCAAGUUGAGGCCGAGAAGCACUUGCAGAUUCGCCAGGAUGCAGAGCGAAGAUAUAUGGCAAUGCUUGAGAGAGCUUGUAAGAUGCUUGCUGAUCAAUUUAUUGGAGGUUCAGUUACUGAUACAGACAGUCAUAAGUGUCAUGGAUUGGGGAAUAAGAACACAAAAGGUCCCUCCCUUGACCCACUUGGCUUCUACUCAUUACAAUCCACAGAUGUGGCUGCAGUUCAUGGUCCAGAAGAAGAAGUGCCGACUAGUAUCCAUACCCAAAGGGCUGAUUGCUCCACUGAAAGCUGCCUCACAUCACAUGAGAGUCCUGGAGGACUGACCUUGGAAGGAUCUCCUGGUGGCGGGAAAAAAAGAAUGUUGAGCUUGGACUCCGCAGCUGCAUCUUUAAUUUGGGGUGAAGCCAAGGUGAGAACCCAAGAGAUUAAUGUAGCCGCAGUCAAUCCUCAUGGUAUUGCUAGGUAUGGUAUGUAGGGCUGAAAUUGAACAUGACCAGAGUGAGAUCCUGUUGUUCACUCAGUGCAUACUAUAUUUAAAUGUAGAGUUUCAAUCUUCUCUUGUCCAUUUAGGUGGCAGGAAUUGAAAGUGGAAACUAGUUGUCUCAACUCCCAAACUGUAAAUUCAAUAUACUAGUGGCUUAAAUAUCAGAACAAAUCGUGUGUCCAAAGCUGCUUGGGUUAAAUUUUUGACUUAAUGCAGACUCUGAAAUUGUAGACUUGUCAUGCAGUCUUGAGAUGAGAGUGCUUCUAGUCAACUUUUCAAUGCAUGAGAUCUUUACCAC